AUGAUCGAACACAAGCAUGGAAUUAAGGUAUCCGGUGAAGAAUACGCUUCUGCUUCCAACCGGUAUGUGGAGAUGGCAUGCAGAGAUGAAGACGACCCAAUGAAUGCUAAAGAAGAUGCAAUAGUUGAAUUAGAUGUGAAAUCAGCCGCUAUUAGAAACAGUUAUUACUUUUCAGAGGUAAAUGUCGAAGGAAGGUCGAAUAUAUGUAUCGAAUAUGUAUCGAAUUACUUGUCAAGAAAGUUGACUCCUAUAUUUGCAAGAGAACCUAAAAAUCGUUAUAUUGCAGAUUUUGUGGGAUUAAGAAGAUUACUUAACAAUAUCCUAAUCUAUCCGAUUAUUAUAUUAGCACUUUUCCAACUAUCCAACAAUGAUUAUGAAGCAAUCGCUUCUUAUAAAAUUGCUGAAAUUAUUGCGAAAACUUCCAGUUCUCAUACUAUCGCAGAAAAUGUAAUAAUUCCAUCAGUGGAAGUAAUAAUAUCGGAUGUAAUGCAUCAAGAUGCUUCUAAAAUUAUUAAAAGUCUACUACUACCUCUUAGCAAUGAUUCGAUUUGUCGAAGAAUUGAUGAAAUGGGAGAUAAUGGACUUUCACUUGAAAAUAUAAAAGAAUUGUCUAAAAGGUUGAAAGCUGAGUUGGAAAAUUUUGAAUCUGCCCUUGUGGAAUAUGAUCGAAUUAGAAAAGCUGCUUUGUAUGAAAUUGCGAACGAAUUGGACCCACGAGUCGUCAUUAGCAACAACGAGGACAAUAAUCCCAUAAUUCGAACAAAUGGUGACAUAAAUGUUGAUAAGCCAUUAUCCCAUGUUGAUCUGCUCGAGAUGAUUGGAGGCGUGGACUAUGAACGAGGGUCUGCCGUGGGCGGAAGUCGAUGUUACUAUUUGAAGGGCCCAGGGGUGUACUUGGAGUCUGCUUUGGUCCAAUAUGCUUUAUUUUUCCUCCACGACCGUGAAUAUGAAGUUUUAAAACCCCCAUACAUGAUGAAGAAAGAAAUCAUGUCAGAAGUCGCCCAACUUAGCCAAUUCGACGAGGAAUUAUAUAAAGUAUUCCAUUUUUCUAUUUUUGGUUGUAUCAUCUCGAGGAAAUGUAGAAAAUGGGGACAGUCUGGACCAAUCAGACGUGUCUUAUCUCAUUGCCACAUCAGAACAGCCAAUUGCUGCCUACCACCGGAAAGAGAGACUUCCCGUUGACAGUCUUCCCUUGAAAUAUGCCGGUCUAUCGACUUGUUUUCGACAGGAAUGUGGCAGUCAUGGGCGGGAUACGAGAGGGAUAUUUCGGGUUCAUCAAUUCGAGAAGGUUGUGACUGUGUGGGACUGUAGGUCGAGCAAUUCUGUUAUACGUCCCCACUGGAAGGGGAGUCGAAUAAAAUGUUUGAUAAAAUGAUUGAAACGUCUGAAGAGUUUUAUAAAUCUUUGGGAAUUGGAUUUCGAGUUGU